AGCAGGGGCGGGGGGAGGAUUCUGCUUCUCCAAACUUCCUCCCCCAUGAUUAGUGCGAUUGUGGCUGGGGCAGCAGGUGCUGAGUGGGGGACUCUUGUUGUUCCAGAUGCCGGUGACCUUCGAGGAGGUGGCUGUGUAUUUCACCCAGGGGCAGGGGGCUCUGCUGGACCCCGCUCAGAGAGCCCUCUACAGGGACGUCAUGCAGGAGAACUACGAGACGGUGACCUCGCUGGGAUUCCCCAUUCCCAAACCUGACCUGAUCGCCCGGCUAGAAGGAGGAGAAGAGCCGUGGGUCUCGGAUGUCCAGACCGAUGAGGAAAGGGAGAGCCCGAGAGACACCCGCACAGCAGGUGAUAGAACAGCUAGUGAGAACAAGGAGGAGAAUCAGCAGCAGGAAGGUCCUGAGCAAGUGGAACCGCAGGAGAGGUUUUUGAGCAGAGCUGAAGGGAAUUUUUCCCAGUACUUGGAACAAGGAAAUGCCUGGGGAGAUCGACACCGAUCAGAGAUGCAGCUGGGAAACUAUCCUGAGAAGAAACUGGAUGAAUCUAUUCAAGGUGGUGGAAGAUGCAAGAAUCCCAAGGAAACCACAAUCCAGCAGACAAGUCACAAUGAAGAAAAACCCUACAAAUGCCUUGAGUGUGGGAAGAGUUUCCUUGUCAGUACAUUCCUUCUCAGACAUUGGAGAACCCACACAGGAGAGAAGUCCUAUCAAUGCAUAAACUGUGGGAGAAGCUUCAGUGAGAAGUCAAGCUUUAUUGUGCACCAGAGACUGCACACAGGAGAGAAACCCUAUCAAUGCCGCCUUGAGUAUUGUAAAAGUUUUAGUCAGAGGUCACCACUUAUGGCACAUCACAGAUCCCACACAGGAGAGAAGCCCUAUAAAUGCUUAGACUGUGGGAAAAGCUUCAGUAAAAAAACACAUCUUGUUACACACCAGAGAGUGCACACAGGAGAAAGACCAUAUAAGUGCCUUCACUGUGGGAAAAGUUUCAGUCAGAGUUCAAACCUUAUUGUACAUCAGAAACUGCACACGGGCGAGAGACCAUAUAGAUGCUUUGAGUGUGGAAAAAGUUAUAGCAAAAGUUCAUACCUUAUUAAACAUGUGAGAAUCCACACGGGAGAAAGACCCUAUAAAUGCCUCGAGUGUGGGAAAAGUUUUAUGGAAAGUUCAUCCCUUCUUAAACAUGAGAGAAUCCAUACAGGAGAAAGACCCUAUAAAUGCCUGGACUGUGGGAAAACUUUCAGUCAAAGCUCACACCUUACUCAACAUGGGAGAAUCCACUUGGGAGAAAGACCCUAUAAAUGCCUCGAGUGUGGGAAAAGUUUUAUGGAAAGUUCAUCCCUUCUUAAACAUGGGAGAAUCCACACAGGAGAAAGACCCUAUAAAUGCCUGGACUGUGGGAAAACUUUCAGUCAAAGCUCACACCUUACUCAACAUGGGAGAAUCCACACAGGAGAAAGACCCUAUAAAUGCCUUGAGUAUGGGAAAAGUUUUGUUGUCAGAACAAAACUUACUAGACAUCAGGCAAUCCACACAGGAGAGAGACCCAUUAAGUGCCUUAAGUGUGGGAAAAGUUUUAUUCAGAAGUCACAUCUUACUGUACACCAGAGAGUUCACACAGGAGAGAGACCCUUUAAAUGCCUUAAGUGUGGGAAAAGUUUUAUGGAAAGUUCAUCCCUUACUAAACAUGGGAGAAUCCACACAGGAGAAAGACCCUAUAAAUGUCUUGAGUGUGGGAAAAGUUUCAGUCAGCGCUCAAACCUUACUAAACAUGGGAGAAUCCACACGGGAGAGAGACCUUAUAAAUGCCUGGAGUGUGGGGAAAGCUUCAAUAGGAGCUCAAAGCUCACCAAACACCAGAAAGUCCACAAAGGUGAGAAACCUUAGGAAUAGUUGACCUUAGGAAAAGAUUCAAUUUGACUUCACACAUCAGUGAUCCACACAACAGAGGGACCUUGAAUGUGGGGGAAGCUUCAUUUGGUGUUUCCGGAAUAUCAGGGAUCCACAAAUCUGCACAGGGAAGAAACAUCUGAGACAUUCUUAGUGUGGAAAUUGCUCCAAGUGGAGCUAACCCUGCAUUGGACAUAAGAUGUAGGGAUAUUAAAGAACGUUUACAUUACACGUUUUAUAUGAGAAAUGAUUUAUUGAUUUAUUGUUUUAUUAUUAACUAAUACUUUAUAACUUAAGGUUUAUGUUAGAAGUAAGUUUGUAAGGAUUUAUUGUUAGAAAUAGCUGUGUCUGUGUGAAGCCUGCUCAAGGAGAUACUUUGUACAAAACUUUUUAAACGUCAAUUAACUCUAAGUGCCUGUUUUCUAAGUGAAACUUUGUAACAUUUUGUAAUGGCCGCUGUAAGCCGCUGAUUGGUUAAUUGACUCAGCACCAAGCGCGAGCUGUCAAUUGACUCUGUAAGCUGCUAAUUGGCCAAUUGACUUUAACUCAGCGCACAAGCUGUCAAUUAACCCUAUGCCUCAGGCAAAACUAUGUAACUACCUUGUAACCACCCCGGUAAGAUACAAAUAGAGAGCCCCCACCUCUGUUAAUUCAUUUUUAUCUCACUUUGUUUCUUAAUUGUUAAAAGACAAGGAGUCUCACACCCCAAAAAGAUAAAAAGACAGUAAAAUAAAUGUAGUUAAGAUAAAAAGUAUAUGUGAAUGAAUGUCUAGUUUAAAUGAUGAAUGAAUGGUUAGGGAGUUACCAGCCUGAAAAAUUCAGUGUCGUUGAA